AUGAAACAAUGUCAAUUAGAAUAUGAAGAUAAUUCAACAACUCAAUUAAUUAAUAUUAAUGAUUUAGCAAAUCCUUUUACAAAUGGUAAUAUAUCAGAAUGGGAACUUAAUCAUCUAUUACGUUCAACACCUUAUCUUCAACAUCUUUGCAUUACAUUUGGACAGAGUAUUGACACUAAAUUAGAUCGAGUUUUUCCGAUUCCAUUAAUCACUACUUUAAAACUUGAUUUCAAUGGUUCACUAUUAGCAUUGACAAGUAUUUUACAAAAUAUGCCUAAUUUACUACAUUUAAAACUCGAAACAGAAACGAUUAAUUUGAAUGGAAAUCAAUGGAAACAAAUAUUAAUUGAUUAUACAUAA